AUGUAUGGAACAGUUGAUAGAGUCAACGCCCAGAAUGCAAAGGCAAAACUGGCAGACUCUUAUACAAAACUGUUACGCGAAAUCACUACGCCUACAAUUUCUUCUGGUACGUUUUCCAUAGGCAACUAUUCCAUUAUCCGUCUUAUUGGUACUGGCAGUUUUGGCAAAGUGUACCUUGCUAGCCACAAGUUUACGAAAUCAAAGGUGGUAUUGAAAUCAUCACCUAAAGAACAGCCGAAUUUGGUACGUGAGAUCCAUCAUCAUCGACAAUUUAAACAUCCUCAUAUUGCUAGACUGUAUGAGAUUAUUGUUACCGAGACUUCAGUAUGGAUGGUUUUGGAGUACUGUCCAGGGGACGAGCUAUAUACAUACCUGGUGAACAAUAAUGGACAGCUGAAACCAGACGAGACCAAGAAGAUAUUCUCUGAACUCUGUGGUGCUGUAACCUAUACACACUCAAAGAAUUGUGCCCACAGAGAUAUUAAACUUGAGAAUACACUAUUAGACAAACGCCAUAAUGUGAAAUUAGUGGAUUUUGGGUUUACAAGGGAAUACGAGAACAGUCGGACCAUGCUUGAUACCGUGUGUGGUACCAGUUGUUAUAUGGCUCCUGAGAUCUUGAUGGGAAAGAAAUAUUCUGGUGAAGCUAUUGAUGUGUGGUCAUUGGGCGUCAUACUGUAUACUCUUUUAUAUGGCGAAAUGCCCUUUGAGGAAGAAACUGAUGUUGAUACUAGGAUGAAGAUUAUAAAUGAGGAGCCUAGUUAUGGAGAUUUUGUACGUGGUAAGCCAGUUCCAGAGGAUGGCAAGAACCUCGUCAAGUUAUUAUUAUCUAAGGACCCUAAACAGAGACUGGCUCUAGAGGAAAUAUUACAGCAUCCAUACCUGGAAGACUACGGAUUAUUGCAACGCAAUAUAUUGGCCACCAAAGAGCCCAAGCCAUUUUCAACUAAAUCAGAGAAAAAGGUUUUACGGAGUUUGAAAUCUUCUAAUAUCGACAUCAGUAAUUUGGCUGAAUCAGUUCUUUCUCAAAGCUGUGAUUCAUUAGCAGGGUUUUGGGCUCUCGCUGUAGAACGACAAACUAAAAUUGAUCUUAAGAAACACAGACGCUCAAGCUUGGGUAUAAAGCUUACGAAGCGUGAUGGUAUAGAAAAAGACGGUGGUGACGAUGAAAGCAGGGGACCGGCAUCUCCCAAAGGUAGUGUGCAUGGGGUCAGCCGAUUCAGAUCCCCGAGUGCUCCUCAUUCGCCUCGGUCUCCCCUUGGUAAAUUUGCGUCUUCUAUUCGCUCUUCGAGUGAUCGGGAGAGGUCGGAUAGAAUUGACCGGAUGGAAAGGGCCGACAAACUUGUUGAAAUGAAUAGCAGCCCUAUAAAUGGUACAGCAGAUAGUCAUCUAGCUGAAGUUUCUAAUGACCCACCGGCGAAUAUUGGUGAGAUUAGUUCUAGUGUUGGAAAAAGUAAUCCUCAUAACCAACAAGCGGCCGAAUCUGGGAACACCAAAUCUGGCUUAGAUGGCCCGUCCAGUUUAACGGUUUCCAAUCAGUCUAUCAACGAUUUUCCAGAAUUAACGACCCAUCCAUCAAUUAUCGAGCGUACAAAAACCAAGGCAUCUUCAACUUCGCGUGAUAUAAGGGCCUCUCUUAAGGCUACGAUGAUGAAAAUAAUUCUUAUUGGUAGUUUAAGGCGACGCCAAUCUGUUAUUGAUGUCGAUGGCGCCCCCUCUACUGUUUCUGCAUCAAGUACGCUAAAGUCCGCCCAGUCCAACCCUUCGCAAUCUAACGUUCGUGGUCUCGAUAUACAUGACGAAUCAGGAGGAGAGAUCGGUGGGCUCAACUCCUCCGACCGUCAACCAACUACGCUUAUUAUUCAACCUGAUAGUGACAAGGAUGAAAUUGAUCAACAGUCUCUCGUCGAUCCAAAUCAAAGUCGAAAAGAAAGGUCUAGCUCCGACUUCAAUGAUACUCUUGGUAGUUCUCAGAGUCGUGGUAAGCCGAGUCGUAAGCUUGCUGUUCUGGCGCGCCCUAUUUCACAAAUCUCACAAAUCUCUCAGAUUUCUGCAUUUUCACAACUAUCUCAAUAUUCAACGAAUUCACAAAUCUCGGCAGCACCGUCCCAAUUAUCACAAGAAAAAAUAAACCAAGCAUUCAAUAAACCCCAGAGCGAGGGCAGUUCGCGACCAAAAUAUUCCCGUCGUUCCACAUCUUCAUCAAUUUCAUCAUUAAUUUCGAGACACCGUAAAACACACUCCAAAGCAUCCAGCACCUCUAGUGCUUCUCUCAAAUCAGCUCCGGGUAGCCCCAGAAGGGUAGCCUCCCCCGUACCGGGUUCACAUUCUCCAUUUCCAAGGGCACGAGGACGAUUUAGUGAACAUAGUGUUUUCCCCUCAUCCAAGCUUGAAAGCCCAAGCUCACGAGUAAGACUUCGCAGAAAGUCUCCUUUUGCUGGGAUCACUUCAUAUGGUCGUAGGCAAUCCAACUCCAGUACGCGAAAAGCAGCGGCUGCAAAAGUUAUAGAAGAAGGUGAAGAAGGCGAAGAAGACAAUGUAUACGAAGACAUUGAUCUAGAUGACGACAUUUUAAAACAAGAAUAG